GUUAGUUGCUACUGGUUACCUAUCACGCCAAGAAAUUGGACGUUUGAUAAGUUUUGAGAUCAAAGCCUGCAAAUAUUGAAAUAGCAUCUAUUCUCGAGAUAUUUGGAACAAAACUGGCUGAUCGUGAAACAGAAAAAUGGAGAUCGUCUAUGUUUAUACGAAGAAGCGGGCCGAGUUUGGGAGGCAGUGUAACUUCUCAGACAGAGCUGCUGAACUGCAUGUCGACAUUGUACCCGACCCUUCACUGUUGGAUAAUUUUGUGGAGAAGAAUCCAGUAGACGCACCGAUACAAUGUGUCCAGGAAAUGUCCGAACAUGAGGUAAAUACAGAAAGAUUUGAAACGGGUUCGCGUGGUAUAAACCACACUGAAGGUGGAUGGCCAAAGGACGUGAACCCAAGUGAAGUGGAACAGGUCACCAGAUACAGAAAGAAGGUCGAGAAGGAUGAGAUGUAUAUUUCAACUAUCCAGCAGCUUGGCAGUGUUAUGGAGCAUUGCAUCAAACAGAACAAUGCCAUCGACAUCUAUGAACAGUAUUUUGAGGAUGUAGACAUAGACCAUGUAGACGAAGCACCAUCAGCCAAAACAAUCAACGUGUUCAGAGAUCCGAAUCAAAUAAAGCGAACCGCAACACACAUAUCCUGGUUUCCUGAUGGCCCACGUAAAGUGGCUGUGGCAUAUUGUAACCUGGAAUUCCAGAGCUCACCACCAGAUGCUUCAAUGGAUUCGUACAUUUGGGAUGUUGAGAAUCCCAAUAAACCAGAAAUGACCUUGAAGCCAGUUUCACCUCUAGUGUGUCUGGAGUACAAUCCGAAAGAUUCUCACGUUCUGCUUGGAGGAUGUUACAAUGGUCAAAUAGCAUACUGGGACACCCGGAAGGGCUCUCAGCCGGUAGAGAUGACGCCCAUUGAACAGAGCCAUCGAGACCCGGCCUACAAGACUAUCUGGAUACAGUCAAAGACUGGUACCGAGUGUUUCUCAGCUUCCACGGACGGACAGGUGUUGUGGUGGGACAUCCGCAAACUGGGAGAACCCACAGAGAAACUGUACUUAGACAAAAAACAAGACUUCACAAAGGCACAGGGGGCAUACUGUUUGGAGUAUGAGCCCACGAUGCCAACAAAAUUUAUGGUGGGCACAGAACAAGGGUCAGUUAUGUCAUGUAACAGGAAAGCCAAGACGCCAGGAGAGAAAAUUGUAGCACUGUACUCAGGUCACAUUGGUCCAGUAUAUUCCUUACAACGCAACCCUCACUUCCCCAAGAACUUCCUCAGCGUUGGAGAUUGGUGCGCCAGGAUAUGGUCAGAAGAUUUCAGAGAAUCGUCCAUUAUGUGGACAAAACAGUAUUCCUCAUACCUGACCGAUGGCUACUGGAGUCCGAUGCGGCCUUCGGUGUUCUUCAUCACCAAGAUGGACGGAACGCUGGACGUGUGGGACAUCAUCUUCAAGCAGAACGACCCUACUCUCAGUUUACAGGUUUGUGAUGUCCCACUUCACUGUCUGCGGGUACAGGAGGCUGGUCGGCUGGUGGCGUGUGGCUCACAGGAUGGUACGACAACACUGUUGGAGUUGUCCGAGGGACUCUACACCAUGCAGAGGAAUGAAAAGAAUUUAGUCACUGCUAUGUUUGAGCGCGAAACAAGACGAGAGAAGAUUCUAGAUACCAGACACAGGGAAAUGAAACUGAAGGAAAGGACAAAAAGUCAGCAAGAAAAAGACAAGGAAGAGGAAGAGGUGCCAGAAGACGAAGAAGAUAUGGUUGAAAAAGCAGAAAAGGAAUUCUUCAAAAUCAUUGAGCAGGAAAAGAAAAAGCAAAAUCCACCAGUUCCGGACUUUGAGAAAACGGAACCGGUCCAGUCACAAGUAAUUGAGGAGGUAACAGAAAAGGAGGAAGAAGAGGCAGAGAAGAAAUAGUUAUACAGAGUUACUUCCCUUCCUACGACAUAACCCAGAAGUUGUGAUUGUCCCGUGAACUAUUAUUAGUUUCACAUUUAAAAGAUAAUCACUUAUAAAUUGUGACACAGUUGGC